AUGUCGCCCCUGGCGCUUGCCAGGUUUUGGUGGCUGCGGGUUGCCGUCUCACGAUUGCUUCAACAGACUAUCGGCGGCGAGCGGCUAGUCCAACAGCACAAUGUCGUGGCCGCGCCACACACCCAUCCAGUAUCUGUGGCGCGCCAAGCGAGCGGCGCGUCUUCCUCCGGUGACGCCUCUCGCUCAACUUGCGUUGCACAUGUGGCAACGCGGCUGCUCCGACAUGACAAUCGCACCCGCUCGCUGCACCUAUGGAAGCGGAGAAGGGGCCUCGUUGAUGUCCGGCAGAUGCAAAGACAGGCCCUCGCUCUCGGCGAGUCCUUCGCCUAG